AUGGCUGAUAACCUCGAAAGUUUGAUUGAAAAAGGUAACUAUAUUUAUAGGCUUAAGGCCUGAUUACAUGGAGAGUUUGAGCCCAGUUUCCCGGGUUGAAUUUUCAGCCCGACCUAAGCCUAAGGGUAAAAUCUUGUUAAAACACAGCAAGCGAUUACAUGCCUUUCAACUAUCAGACGAUAAGUGUUUCAAACUAUCCUUUCCAGAUUAAUACAAAAUAGUCAUUGAGCUGAAAGAAAUGGGUAUUACCGUAAACCUCCGAUUAUAAACCCCCGAAUAUAAGCGCACUAUACAGGUAUAUAAUACUCUUGCACUAAAAAAAUUCAAGCAGUGUGUAUUUAAAUUAUAUAAAGUAUUAAUUUUACAAAACACUUGAAUGUUCGUCCUGAUUUUUGAACGUUUCAUUACUGUAUUACGCUUAUUAUUUUUUGUUUAUUUUCGUAUUUAUAAUUAACAAUAAAUUCUUGUUUACCAUUAACACAAAAUGUCGUCCACCCCCCACCUCUAUAUAAACCCCCGCCCGUAUAUAAGCCCAUAAAAAAACGCUUUAUACGAACUUAUAUAAGCCCAGGGCUUAUAAUUGUAUAAUAUAAACCCAGGGCUUAUAAUUGGAGGUUGGUAUGUGUGAAUGUUAUUGUGUGAACUAAAUAAAUUGCAGACAUAUGCAAUAGCAAACCUGUUGUUUUUUCACAAAAUUAAUGUUUUGACAUGGGGUAAAAUUAGCCCUGUUUAAUUAACAGCGCGCUAAUAAUACAUUAAAUGGAAUCCAAAACGACCGUCGGAGCAAUUAAUUGUACAACAGCUCGCAUUUUAAAAGCAGUGGCAAGCAUUUACACAUUCGCACAAUAACGAAAUGUUCCGGUCAAUGUAUGUAUUUAAUUUCUUUAGAGACGCUAUCCUCAUCAGCUAUAGCCUAUACGGCUGAUUUUCAUGAGGGGCGUCUAUUUAGCUAUUACAAGUAUAUAAAAAUGAAGAAAAAUUACUAAUUAACCCACAGACCCAAUAGAAUAUUACCUAACCUGAGUAUCAGGCCGUACUUUUUAGGGCACAGGCACGCUUGAUCGCGGGCGAAGGGGAGAAAAGUACGGCCUGACACAAAAGCGGCAUUUUGCCUGGUUAUUCAGUCCAGAAUCUGGACUGACCGCUGAUUGGCCGAUUAAACAAACGAUUUUUUAAAUCUGUCAUUUGAUUGGCUGGCGCUAAUUAGAUUAUACUAUUGUUGUUGAUAUAUUUUAUAGCCGGCCCACUAAACGGCUGAAUUUAAAUUAAAACUGCAGUAAAAUUAGAAAAUAAUCGCAAAUUAGCGAAAUAUAUUGCAAAUGUAGCUUAUAUUAAAUCGCCAUCAGAUUGCACUAUCGACUAACUGACGUAUAGUUAUAAAGUAUACUUUUAUAUACUUUAUAAUUAUACGUCAGUUUGUUGAUAAAUACGGCAAGCGCCAUGUAAAGCUCAUUGUAGUCACGGAAACCUCUGCGGAGGAGAGAGCAAUCGGGUGGCGAUUUAAUAUAAGCUACAUUUGCAAUAUAUUUCGCUAAUUUGUGAUUAUUUUUGUUAAUUUUAUAAGUUCAUUGCAGUUUUAAUUUAAAUUCAGCCGUUUUAAUAGUGGGCUGCUAUGCUAUAAUUAGAUUGUUGUUGUCGUUGUGUUAAAUUUAAAUUUCUCCUGCGACAUUUUGAUUGGAUACUAAAUAUAAACUUUGCUGUGGGCGGAAACGCCGGAAAGCGAUCAGGUUAAAUUUUGUGUCAGGCUCUAUUUGUAAAAUAGAGCCUGAUACUCAGGUUAAAUAUUACCCAGAACAUAAUGUGUAGUUACAAAUGGAAUAACAAUUAAAAACAAGAUUCAAAUAAGUCUUUUGAAACAAGAAUGUUUCGUCCUUGAAUCUAGACGGCGGAUACAUCAAACGAUGAUUCGUUUGCUAGACUGCGAGCGAUCCCUGCUUUCCGCUCGUUUAUAUUCCCGGGCGUGCGAGGGGAAACGAGGGACUGCCGACAUUCGACAACACAUCAAGAAACGAAAUACGACCACUUUUCCCAACAGAUACAGUUAAUUCAAAAAAGGUUGUCCUUUGCAAACCUUAAACUCUAAACCUUACACUCUAAGCGCGCAAAGCUUAAUGGGAGCACAAGUUUCAAGCUUAGUAGUUGAAUAUUGCAGCUAUUUGUGAGUGAAUUGUUCUCGUAGGGAGAUAUUUACCAUGCUUCUAAGAAAUGCCCCCAUAUAUGAUUUCUAAACUGAUUAAAUGAUGCUCCCAUUAUGCUUUGCACGCUUAGAGAUUAACCUCCAGACCCCCAAUUCCCUACUAGUAAAGAUAGGCAAUUCUAACUGGGCUUCCGCUGGGGAACGCCUCGAAGCGAAAUUUGGAAUUUUAGAACUCUCGCGAUAUGUGAUUUAAGACAUCAUUUAGAACAUGUGCAACGCCUGGUAAUAAUUGCACAAUACAAUAUCCUAUUUACUUUUUUCAAAUUUCACAACAGAUUUAAACAUGAUCUACUCUUGACGAAAUAAUUUUACGACUAAGUAUUUCACGACUGUAUAAUCUUUUUGAAUAUUUUAACAUAGCCUUCUUUCUAAACAUUUUCUAGGAAGGUCAAAAUUGGGGCUGACUGAUAAUUUAAAUUAUAAGGUCUUUGAUGAAAGUGAUGGGACAGAGAUAGAUGAUGAUGAAUGCUUGGUCGAGUAUGCCAAACUAGGCGGUACAAUAGUAAUUGGCGUCCAAUGGGAACCUGUUGCCACCAAUGUUCCUACACCUGUUGCCACGACAGUUUCUUCAUUUGUUGCCACGACUGCUGCUGCAUCUGUUGUUUCCACGACUGUUCCCAUGACUGCGGCCACGACUGUUCCUAUGACUGCUGCCACGACUGUUCCUACAUCAUUGGAAAGUUGGCAAGUCGAUGAUGUUUUCGCCUCCAUGCCUAAUAGACAAUGGACUCCGGAUGACGACGUGCUUGAGUUUCAUGGUAUUGGUGAUGAUAUAUCUUUGGCAACAACAAGCGCCAUCUUAUGCGAAGAACAGGGACUAGUGAACCCAACUGAUGGCGAUAGUGCUGGUGAACGUUCGGACAUCACUAUAACUGGAAAAAAAGAGCCUUCAAAUCUCAAACGAUCAAUCUUCGAAGAAAUAUUGACUGAAAGAAAAAAAGCAAAAAGCGAUGGUAAGCAUAUUAGUAUGGCAUAUAAACUUAUUUUUAAACCUAUUUUUUCCAAGUAAAAAUAAAACUGAUGAAUGUGGUACACUGAUCUUUAAUAUAUUUUGAAAUUUUAGAUGAGCAAUCGCAACAUGAGAAACCAUCGAUCGUGUCGAGGCUAAUGGGUGAUAGGUAUCGCCAUGCAAGACAAAAGGGGUUAAAAAUUUAUGAAAAAAAAGAAAUCGAAGCAGCAAAGUCCGAUCUUGAGAGAAUGAGAAGACUGUUUUGGAAUGAGAAAUGUGAACAGUUAAGUACUCGUUCUGAAACUGCCAAUCAAGAAAAAUACGCAAUUAUUGGUAUAAUAGACGUCGCUUGGACUUUGCGAAAAACAGCAUUACUGGAAGAAGAGUCUAGGAAAUUAGAAAUGGACGAACAAGAAUUGUUCGGUGCCGACGAAUGUCUGCUAAGUACAUCAUUGCCUGGAAGGGGGAAACAAAAAGCGUCAACUAUUCCUCACAACAUCGAUCGAAUGAAUAUCAUCAGCGAGAAUUUUUUGCAAGUUGAUAGAGAAAUGACCAAUUGCAAGAAAAAACUCCAACAUGCUGAUGCGAUUGAGAAAAAAAAAUUAAAUGAGCGACUGAAACAAUUAAAGAUAAGACUUGAUGGUUCAUACACCGAACUAAAACGCGCACAAGAUGCACUAUCUAAAGCACUAAAGCACAAAAGAGACACACUGAAUCUUCGUUUGAAAAACAAAGAUAAUUAA